AUGAUGACUGCUACUGCUCUCCCACAAUUCAAUGGCCUAAGACCCUCAGCUGCCCCUGUAAAAACCCUGGCAGCUGUUCAGCCAAUGAGGCGAACGGGAAAUGGAGCCCUAGGUGCUCGUAUGGAUUUCAUUGGUUCACCCACGAAUUUGAUAAUGGUGACUAGCACAAGCCUGAUGCUAUUUGCUGGGAGAUUUGGGUUAGCUCCAUCGGCAAACAGGAAGGCAACGGCAGGAUUGAAGCUGGAAGUGAGGGACGCAGGCUUACAGACUGGUGAUCCGGCUGGUUUCACUCUUGCCGAUACCUUGGCUUGUGGGACUGUUGGUCACAUAAUUGGUGUUGGGGUUGUUCUUGGUCUUAAGAACAUUGGUGCAUUGUAA